AUGAGCUCCCAAAAUCGGGACGCGACGACAUCUGCCGUCCAAAACAACUCAAACCCAUAUCCUUUUUUGGCGACGCCUGCUGCGAGCCCUGAAGCCAAUCGAUCUAUCGACGUGGGCCAGUUCGCCAGUGACCACUGCCACAGCGACCGGGACCAUGAUGCACCCGCCGGCGGCCUGCUGAAUUUCGCUGACGUCCCUGGCCAACUAUCUCACUUGCCAUUCAACCCUGGUUCAUCCACCUGCGCCCCGGAUCCUAAUUCCAGUUCGCUCACUUCUUCAUCCUUUGCCAUUGACACGACGGCAACUAAUUUUGCCUCGCCCACAACCACUGCUUCCACGACAAACACGACUCCCAGUGCUUCCGUCGCGGUUACCCCUUGCGCCACAGCAAAGGCGACAUCGACAUCAACAAACGCUCUUUACCCAUUCCCUACUCCAACGUCACCCCUACCCUCCUCCAACAUUCGCAAGACUUCUCCCGGAUUGGCUGCACGAUUAAAAGCUCUCGGCUUUGGCUCUCAAAAACUAUCCACACCCCUGAGUACACCCCAUAUCGAUCAUAUCGGUCGCCUAGACGAGGAUCAACUUCGACAGCUCGACGAGAAGCACCAAGCGGGUUCGAUCAAAUCGGUUAUCUCUCGGCGCGGUCGCCCGUGGAAGGGCGCCGGCGCUUCUCCAUCACCAAAGCCCGUCGCCCUCGAGCCCUCUCUCAUGCUGUCGACGCUGACUAUCGAGGAUAACGAGUCUGUUGCGAUCCUAUUACCCGAGAUCGAACAACCCGAACCCUUGGAUAUGGAUACUCAAAAGUAUCGCCUUCCGGACCACACCAACGGCAAUGGAACAAAGGUCACUCUCGAUACUCGGCGAGAGCACAUCGAACGAACCACACGUCCCCCAUCCCCCGAUAGGGCAGAUCAUCCUCCACCACCACCCCCAAAAGAUACACCACCAGUCGCUUCUCCCGCGCCGACUUCUACCGACUAUGCUCCCAACUUGAAUUCGUACUUCACGCCCGGUCACAAUCGCCCAGGCUCUAUAUACACGUUAUCCCGCGCCUCGUUCGCCUCUCAACUAGCCCAGUUGACGUCACUGCAACUUCCAGAUGCCGACUCGCUAGCGAGCCAAGUGAAUGCCAUCCCAACAGCUCAAGUUGCUGCGAAAGCGCUGAUCAAUGCUGCCGAGCAAAUCAGGAGUUGGAUAUCCAAAGCAUCAGAAGUGGUUGAGGGUCUUGACAGCGAAGAUGAUGUCGAAUGGGCUGCAGCAGGUGGUCGCGAAGGCCUCGCUGAGGUGGAAAUGGCCAUUACGCGCUUCGAAGGACUUGUUAAAGCCUAUGUGGGGGCGAUUGAGCAACUUCAGAACAGGAAGGAUAUUGCCAAUGUAUCUGCCGAGGAUCUGGUUCGUGCUGUUUCUCAGAUGGAGUCGGUCAUUCAAGAAUGGAGCAAGAUUCGCAGAACACUACAUAAUGUGAAGGCUCAAGUGGAGAUAGCCAUGGAGUGGGAGGAGCUCUGGAACAACGUUCUUGGGGACGUACAAGGCGAAAUGGACGAGUUGAGCAGGCUGGUAUUUGAGAUGGAGGAGCGACGCCAUAAGAGCCUGAUCGCUGCCGCCAGCGCGGACAGUGUCGAUAUCGGAGACCUUGAGACAAUUGUCGAGGAGAAUCCUUCACAUGCAUCGCGGUUGCAAGCGCCAAAUCGGUACAGCAUCCCGACUUUCCCAGUAACUCCUACUUCACCCGGCACGCCCACGUUGUCGCAAGAUGACUCGAGCUUACUGGCUCUGUUUGCUCGAAUGCAGCCUCUCAGAGCCUCUCUUGACUUCCUACCGAUGCGACUGUCCAUGUUCGAAGCACGAGCUAAGGCAGCUUUCCCCACAGCUUGUGAAGAGUUAAACAUGAGACGUGACGGGCUUGACGCGAGCUACAGAAAGCUAGAAAAGGAUGCAGAAUCAUUACGCAAGGAGCUGGGUGAGGAUCGGUGGGUCAUUGUGUUCCGAGGCGCUGGCCGACAGGCCCAGAAGAUGCAAGAGUCUGUUGAACGCUCCUUGUUCAAACUCAGGGAAGCCGCCGAUGCUGGUCUACAUCUGACUAACCAACCUGCCUUGAUGAAGAAACUGGAAAGCUAUGAGGCCAAGAGAACGCACUACGGACCGGCUAUCGAGCGUGUCCUCUCAAUCAUCGACAAAGGCGUCAGUGAGCGAUUGACUGUCAAUGGAGAGAUUUUACGCCUACAUACCGAUCUGCAAAACCGAUGGCAGAAUCUCAAAGAGCAGAUGAAAGAUGCUGAGUCAAUAGUCGAAGAUCUCCAUGCAGAUAAGAGUCAACAGCUGCGUGACUCCAUCUCCAGCAUGCUUUCGAACGACCGCUCGACCCUGGGCAGUGGACGUGAGACUCCGGGCAGCUCACCACCAUCAUCAGUCAUCAUGUCUAGUCUGGGGAUGGAUCCUCAUACGCCGAUGUCGAAGCCUCCCAAAGUGCGGGCCACCCCGGGAGCUACCAACCGCGUAAUUCCCCCCAACCGACGGCACUCGUCUUUGCCAGCGCCAACUUCGCAAACUGGCAGGAAAUCAUUUUCUCGUCUCUCUACUAUAGUCGGCUCUUCGUCUCUCAGCAACCUAGCGGCAGCAAGUCAGAUCAAGCGACCGGAUUCGAAACUGGCAAACCGGCCGCGUUGGAACGGCUCAACGAAUACGGCGGAUGUCGAUACUGGUCACAACUUCAAACCACUCACACUAACAACACCAAGCCCGUACGCCAAGACGAGCCCCUCUGUACAACGAUCGACCGGUUCUGCUACACCCGGGGCCAGUACUUCAAAACUGCCUAUUAUUCGCGGCCCUGACGCUCGAGCCUCUUCGGCGUCGCCCAGAGUUGAAACACCCACCAGGAACACUCACUCCAGCCUCUCAUUCCGAGAAAGGCUUGCUUCUCAUGGUGCGAAUACUCAGCCUUUGCCAAAGCCACGUCUGGCGUCUCAUCUGUCAACAACUGCGCUGUCCGGCAGGCGAUCAUCUCUACAGGCUUCCAGGUCCAUCGGAGAUGAUGGCGAGGGCCGACACAGCAGACCUGCCAGCUCUCUUGCUACCAUGUCGAGGAGGAUUAGUCUUCUCCCUCAGCCCAGAUCGGAAACGGGACGAGCGAGUCCCGCUGCUGUAGCUGGUGCACGAUCUGCGAUGCGCAAGCCUUCUCCAGCCGAGCCAAAGGAUUCAAAGCCAAGGUGGAGGCACUGA